GGCCGCUGAAAAACCAGUUUUAAGCCCCUGCACCCUGAGGCGUGAGCCAGAUUAGUACCCAACUCAAAGUUCACACUUCACACACCACCCAGCCAAACAAAGCAGAAUUUCCAUCAUGUGCACUCUGGGCAAGCAGAGGGGCAGAGCAUGGUAGGGACUAGGACUUGCGAAGUUGGGAUUGUAAGAUUACCAGAGUUGGAGCAUUGGAGGGCAGCGAGGGCCUGAUGUCUGUCAACAAAACGGUGAAACUGACCAUGCCCGUUCUAUUGGCAUUGUUGCUGUUGUCCUAUGGAACUGGAAGCAUUCGUUGCACGACGAUCGCUGGGAACAGCACGGACGUGCUCUCGUUGCUCGAUUUCAAAGCCACCACCAACGAUCCAAGAGGAGCCUUGAGCUCCUGGAACACCAGCAUCCACUACUGUUGGUGGAGCGGCGUCAAGUGUAAGCCGAAUACCCGAGGGCGAGUCACGGCUCUGAAACUCGCGGGACAAGGUUUAUCAGGCCAAAUCACCUCCUUUCUUGGGAACUUAACGGACCUUCACACACUUGACUUGUCCAGCAAUAAUUUCUCUGGCCAAAUACCCCCUUUAACCAAUCUUCAGAAGUUGAAAUACCUUCGUUUGGGCCAGAAUUCUUUGGAUGGUAUAAUUCCAGAUUCACUCACAAAUUGCUCCAAUCUAUUUUAUUUAGACCUCUCUAAUAACAUGCUAGAGGGCACAAUCCCCCCGAAAAUAGGUUUCUUAAAUAAUCUCUCUGUAUUGGCCUUCCCUUUGAAUUUUCUCACCGGGAACAUCCCCUCAACCCUUGGCAAUCUUACAAACUUGAAUAUAAUGCUCCUCGCAAAUAAUAAGAUUGACGGAAACAUUCCUCAAGAACUGGGGCAACUGUCAAACUUGGGGUGGUUGUCCCUAAGUGAAAACAACCUAUCAGGUGGUUUUCCGCAGGGAUUCUUCAAAAAUCUAUCUUCUCUUCAAAUAUUAAGCAUUCAGACGACCUUGCUUGGUGGCACAUUGCCAUUUGACAUUGGCAAUACACUCCCUAAUCUCACAAAACUUUUCUUGGCUGAUAACAUGUUUGAAGGUCAUAUCCCAGCUUCUUUAGGCAAUGCAUCAUUGCUACGAGGGAUAGAUCUAUCCUUAAAUAAUUCUACUGGCCAUAUUCCCAACUCUUUUGGACGGCUUUCAGGUUUGUCUACAUUAAACCUUGAGACAAACAAGCUUGAAGCUAGGGACAACCAAGGUUGGGAAUUCUUAGAAGCGCUCAGAGGCUGCAACAAUUUAAAUGUGCUCUCACUAGCUGACAACCUGUUAUUUGGGGACGUACCAAAUUCAAUUGGUGGCCUAUCCAUCAACCUGACAAUUUUAUUGUUGGGCGGAAACAACCUAACAGGGAUAGUUCCUCUAAGCAUUGGGAACCUUCAAGGCUUAAUUUCAUUGGGGCUAGAUAAUAAUGGUUUCAGUGGUACGAUUGAGUGGAUUGGAAAACUGAAAAACUUGCAAUCUUUAUGCCUUCGAAAUAACAAUUUCACUGGGCCUAUUCCAUACUCCAUUGGCAAGCUUACACAGCUGACAGAGCUCUAUCUGCGAAACAAUGCAUUUGAAGGUCACAUACCGCCCUCCUUGGGAAACCCUCAACUACUGUUAAAGCUGGAUCUUAGCUACAACAAACUUCAAGGUACCAUACCUCUAGAGAUUAGUAACCUUAGACAACUCAUCUACCUACAACUUGCAUCAAACAAGCUUAAUGGGGAAAUACCUGAUGCAUUGGGGAUGUGCCAAAACUUAGUAACCAUCCAAAUGGACCAAAACUUUCUCAGAGGAGACAUGCCAAUUUCUUUUGGCAAUCUAAAUAGCCUAACCAUACUAAAUAUAUCUCAUAACAACUUAUCAGGCACCAUCCCAGUAGCACUAGGCUAUCUACCCCUACUAAGCAAGCUGGACCUUUCUUACAACAACCUCCAAGGAGAAGUACCAACAGUGGGAGUAUUCAGAAAUGUGACAUCUGCUUAUCUCGAUGGCAAUUCAAGACUUUGUGGAGGAGUGACAGAUCUCCAUAUGCUCUCAUGCCCUCAAGUUUCUAAUAGAAUAAAAAGGGAUUCUGAUAUAACAAAGAGGGACUACAAUCUGGUCAGAUUAUUAGUACCGAUAUUUGGCUUUGUGUCACUCACAGUGCUGAUAUACCUUACAUGCCUAGCAAAGAGGACAUCAAGAAGAACAGACCUAUUGUUGCUUUCUUUUGGAAAGCAGUUCCCUAGGGUUUCUUACAAGGAUCUAGCCCAAGCUACAGGGAAAUUCUCAGAGUCAAACUUAAUUGGAAGAGGAAGUUACAGUUCAGUAUAUAGAGCGAAGUUAGCUCCGACUAAACUACAAGUUGCUCUUAAGGUUUUUGACCUUGAAGUGAGAUGUGCAGAUAAAAGUUUCUUAUCAGAAUGUGAGGUCUUGAGAAGCAUUCGACAUAGAAACCUUCUUCCUGUCCUAACUGCAUGUUCAACGAUAGACAAUAGUGGCAAUGCUUUCAAAGCUCUGAUUUAUGAAUACAUGCCUAAUGGGAAUUUGAAUAUGUGGUUGCAUAAACAAUUUGCAAGUGUUGCUUCAAAAUGUUUGAGUUUAGCUCAAAGAGUGAAUAUAGCUGUGGACAUUGCUAAUGCAUUGUCCUAUUUACACCACGAAUGUGAAAGGUCUAUUGUCCAUUGUGAUUUGAAGCCAACUAAUAUUCUUCUUGAUGAUGAUAUGAAUGCAUAUUUGGGAGACUUCGGCAUUUCAAACCUCGUUAUUGAGUCUAGAGUCACCUCACUUGGACAUUCUAGUCCAAAUAGCUCAAUUGGAUUGAAGGGAACUAUAGGGUAUAUAGCUCCAGAGUAUGCUCAGUGUGGCCAUGCAUCAACAUAUGGGGAUGUUUAUAGUUUUGGAAUAGUACUUCUAGAGAUGCUGACAGGUAAAAGACCAACAGACCCUAUGUUUGAGAAUGAGCUCAACAUUGUCAACUUUGUGGAGAAGAACUUCCCAGAGCAGAUACCACAGAUAAUUGAUGCUCAACUCCAAGAAGAACGCAAGAGAUUUCAAGCAACAGCCAAGCAAGAAAAUGGUUUCUAUAUAUGCUUGUUGUCUGUAUUGCAAGUGGCUCUUUCUUGCACUCGUCUGAUCCCAAGAGAACGAAUGAACACUAGAGAAAUAGCUAUUAAGUUGCAUGCAAUUAAAACUUCCUAUGCAGAAGCGACCAAGCGAGAAAGUACGCUUUGCAGGAGAGAGUUAGAGUGUGUCAUGGAACUAGUGUAAUUGUGAUGUUUUGUAGUUGUAGGCUUUGAAUGCGAUGUGGAUGAACUGCCAAACAGGCCAUCAGCAUACACAGAUACACUGGAUGUGAGAAACUACUCUUCUGUACAGCAACAUGGCUGUGUGCCUGUGGUGGAUGGUGUAUUAUUGGUGUAUUAUUUGGGUUUCGCAAACUUGGGGAACGUCUUUUACAGUUUGUCUAA